AUGUCUGCUCCCAUCCCGAUCAUCCUUUGUGGCGCCAUGAAAGGAAUGGCCAACCUAAUCAAAACAACCAUGCUGCCAGAGUACAAUGGUUACAACAUCACCAAAUCUGCACAAGAAGUCCCCCUCAUAAUCUCAGGACACCCACCACACCCAUCAUCCCUACACACCCAACUAAGCUCCAACGACUUUACAAUCCCACCACGCGCCAUAAUCACAGGUGGCGUGUACAGCGACGAACUCUUCCAAGAGUUUUACCACAGCUGUGUCAAGGCGUGUGGGUCUAAGGAGGUCCUGCCAGUACCAUUUUUCAGAACUAGUGAUGAGAUCGCGGAUCGAUUGUCAGUCGAGAGGAAGGGACCGGCUCAUUCGUCGAGGGAGUAUCCUGCUGCUGUUACGGAAAGAUUGAAAUGA